GUGCUGUGUCUGGUUCGGGUUAAGGGGUAAUUAUAUGACAGUAUAGUUCAGCCCCACUAGUUUCUAGCCUGAAGGAAGCACAAUCACUGCUGACUGAAGUUUCCUGUCCAAUAGCUGCAGCACAGGAGUUUGAGACAAGUAUAGUGGGUGUAAAGAGAGAGGAGAGACCGAGUAGACCGAUAGGACGGGUACUGCUCAUUUCAGAGUUUAAACAAGUUUGGGACGGAGGUGAGCUUGGACUUUGUUUGCAGAAAUGCAAUAGAAGGUGAGGGAGCCUGCAGUGCAAACAAAGAGUAUUCAGCGAGCUGCCUGCACAGACACACAAACUUCCCAACAUCUGGUGUGCUGGAGGACGGGGCGAGCCGGAGAGAGAAACUUCGGAGGCGGAGAGAAAACUGUCUUAGCUGGAGGAAAAAUGCAUUGAACUGGGAGUUUGGGGCACCUACAUGAGACGAAACCCGAUUUGGUGCUCGUAUAAAGUGACAAGAGUGGACGGACAGAGGACGGAGAGGGUCUUGAAGGGCGAGAGGUCCACCUGGAGCGGUCAGAGAAUGAAUUAGCCAAAGGUUUGGCUGCACCGUGACCCAGCCAGAGAGAAGGCUCACUCCUUGGCCCCUCCACCUCCUCCUAUAAGAGCCAGGCCUACUCCCAUGGAUGAGGAGAGGAGUGCCCCUGCCAUCUCCCCAGAGCCACCUGAUGAUGGGGACCCCAGUCUACCAGCUACACCAGCUACACCACCCAGUUUGCACACAACCCCGACCACAGAGAAAGCAAACAGCUGCCCGAACUCAAAGCCCUGUCCUAGUGCAGAUGUGGCCCACACCUAUACUGAGCCCCUCAUAUUGAGGGUAAACGGCACCCCAGAAAGGUUGCGAGGCGAUGAUGGAGACAAGUGGAACAACAUCCUCUCACACAGUGAGCUCAUAACACCCAGCAAGAGUAUCACAUCUCAGCCAGCAGCCAGAUCCACGCCAGUCCACCACACCCAGCCAUGUCGGACACAGCCCAGCAGCCAACUGCGCAACGGAGCCAAGCACCACGCACACACCGCUCACACGCACUGUCCAUAUCACACACACACGCCUCACACACACGCCCUCCAGUCCAACGGGAUCAGGAAUGGGGGCUCACAUGAGCACCCUAAGCUGGGGUCCCUCCCGAGAGGCGGCUCGUCCACCUCCUCAUCCUCGUCAGCGGGACCCAAACACACUAAGAAAUUGCAGUCCAACCCCUCCAUCACCUCCCAGAGCAGCAAGAGGAGCAAGAGCAGCUCCAAGAGCAACAGCUCCCAGAUUCCCACAGAAGCACAGGACGACUGCUGUGUUCACUGUAUUCUGGCCUGCCUCUUUUGUGAAUUCCUAACUCUGUGUAACAUCGUGCUGGACUGUGCCACCUGCGGCUCCUGUGCGGGGGACGACUCGUGUUUCUGCUGCUGCUGUGCAUCGGAGGAGUGUGGCGACUGUGACCUGCCCUGUGACAUGGACUGUGGCAUCAUCGACGCCUGCUGUGAGUCUGCAGACUGCCUGGAGAUCUGUAUGGAGUGCUGCAGCCUUUGCUUCUCCUCCUGAGGCCCCCAGCCACCAUCGCAGGGGGCAAAGUAGAUGUGUGCUACACACUACCACAACCCCAGGAACAACAUCGACCAGUGUCUUAUUAGAGCUGAGAAGCGCUACACCCAGUCUUUGUUGCCUGGGCUCUGUGGUGUACACUAAAUUGGCUGGCCUAGUUGGCUCCAUAAUAUGUCCAAUGUUUCUUACAGGGUUUGCCAAGCAAAAGAUGUGACCUAAUGCUGAGAGCAGUCACUGGUGAAUUCUUCGUGCCUUUAUAAAUCAAACAAUGGGGCAGUAGCUUUGCCUUGUGUUUGCUAUUGGUCCAUUGCUGCACAGCUGGGUGCAUGGUGCAGAGCGAAUUCCAGCUGUGGUCCACGGGUUUCUUCCAGGCUAUGCAGACCGGACCUCUAGACACUCACAGAACAAGCUGUUAUUACAAUGGAGCCCCUUGUGCCGUCUGAAUGACUUGAGUUCUCCAAGCAUGAAAAAUGACCUCAAAAGGCAAAUGAGAAAAUAGCUCCAUUUAACCGGAUUUUAGUGUUUCUGUAGAUAAGAGCAGCAGCAUAAUAGGAAAAUGGACGCUCAGAUCUCAGUAGAAAUGUAGUCAGUCCUCCUGUCCUUGGCAAGGUUAAAGUCUUUCAGUUUGAUUGCAUACAGUGGCCUUUGUGACACACACGCACACACACACACACAUACACACCCUAAGUGGAGGAUGUUGAAUCCACUGUUGUCUUCGUCCUUGUUGCUAUGUGCAAGAUAGAGAAAACAUGAAUGGUGGCUUGUGGCAAUAUUAAAGACAAGUUUUUUUUGUUAAUAUGCAUUUCACUUAACAGCCUUGUUGAGAGGAGAACCCUGAAAGCGUCAUGCAUCGGCCUGAAGUUGGGUCUCAUUACAUGAGUACUGUAAAUGAUGGACAUCACAGAGCGAAUGGUUGAUAGUUGCCAUGGACACAUUCUGUACUCUAACAUGUGAAAGGAGAGAGUUCCUACUCAAACGUCUCUCCUCGUUUAACGUUACGCAUCCUGUUUACUUUAACAUUUUUGAUUUGGAGGGGCUUCAGCUGUGUUCGUUGAAUUCUUUCAUGUCUGAAUGAUCAGAACUGGCAAUGGACUGGUAGAAUUGGAAGGCAUCAUCUCUCUUCUUUAAUAAAAUUCUUUUUUUUUUUUUUUUUUUUUGUCGUUCUUGCUAUGUGAACAAAUGGCCUUGGCUUAGCUUAAGGCCUGAAUUUUCCAGCAGAUUCCUUGCCUUUACCAAAUCUCUAUUAAUCCUUGUUUUGUAGAUUUUAGUUAAGAUAUUUGCAUUUCUCCUCCAAUGUGAAAAUCACAUUUCUGUGUUAUCGGGUUUUGCCGGGCUCUCUGUAAAGCAGACAUCGCUUAACAUCUAAUUUAAUUCCUUGAAUGAAAAUCUCAUGACAUUAUGCUAAGUUAGAUCCAUGUGCUUGUAGUAUGAAUGGUACGCUUUUGAUAGCAGGCCCGCGCUCUCAUAUUCUCAGAUUUAUACCUUCUCCAACCCAAUACCUCUUGAGAUGUCACCAAGAUCUGUUGUGCCUUUAAAAAUGACUUGAUACAAAUCUCUCUCCUCUUUGAUCAAAUACUGUUUGUGCAAUCCUUUUUCCUCGGAAAUACCAAAGAGUUUUCCUCUUACUGGACCUAAGUUUCUAGACUUAUAAUUACGUGUAUAUUGAAGGCUCUUUGCUUUGCUAAUGUGGCUGUGGUUGACUAAACACUAUUUUAAGAGAUGAUAUAUAACACUGUUGAUUAUGAACAAACACUAAGGCUGUAAAUCAACUUGAUAACACACAAAGCAGAAAAUGAACUUCUUUUUUUUUUUUUUUUUUUUAAAUGCAACUUGAAAAAUUAAUAUGACUCUUUAAUGUCUGUUUAUAUCAAAUUGGACAUUUGGGACAUGUUCAGAUAAAAUCCUGGAGAGACCUGGAAAACAAGGCAGUUAUUUACAGCACAGAGAGAUUUAUGAAGGGAAAGCUGCAUUAUAAAAUGUUAUGUAUAGAAGUGAUAAAAACAUCGUUUGUUCGGAUUUACAAGAUAACAAGCUACAGAAUUAAGUGCAGAUUCGGGUGUGUUUCAUCUAGGGACAUUUUCUCUGUCACCAGACAAACCGUGUCACAAAAACAAAAAGCCGUGAUGUGUGAAAUGUUGGGGGAUGUUCAGACCAUAUGGGACUGAAACCAAAAUAAAAACUUCUUCCUGAGCAGCAUUGGUUUGUUACCAACCAAACGGUCAAACGUUAGAAAUAUCAAAAGCAGUUAUGUACCACUGGAAUACAGUUUGUACCUACAAAUGAAUCUCUGUUAGUGUUAAAAUAAACAGCUCACCUUGCUUUUAUGCAAAACGCUUUGUUAACACAAGCCAGACUAUGAAUACAUAUUAUCAUAUGUUUCUUACUGGCUCGGUUCACCGCUAAAACAAUAGGCUCACUGUUUUUUCAACCCAAGCCUAUUGACAUGUUGUUUCCUAUCAUUUAUGACUUUGCAUAACCACAACCUCACUCCAGCUCAAGUUUCAAGAUUCUUACCACUCUGCUUGCAGUUUCUCACUGGGCUCUAACGUAGUCCAAAGAGGCAAUUUUUUAGACUUUCAAAACAAGGAUAAAUCCAGUUUUCAUAAAUCUGGAAGCUCACAGACAGGCUUAUCCUUCGUCUCAAACGCUGCUCUCUUUCUGAUUUUAUUUCUCUCAAAUUUCUGUUUCCAGCACAAAUGUAACUGGAAAAAUAAAGUAAAAAAAAAAACCUACCUGCAAUAGCCAGCAUGGCUUUGCAACUCUUUUUAGUAGUAGAUUAUGUAAAUAUGUUUAAGUAGCUUUGUCUUGGUUUUAAAGAGCUGAAAAACUCAUUCUGGUGGACUGUAAAGUGCAGAUUUUUAAGUCUUUCAGUGCUAUGGCUUGGAUUUGCUAUGCAACAUAAAUCAUGUGAAACAACAUUUUAAUAAGGGUUAGGUUAAAAAACACUGAACACAUCAUUUUAAGUUUAAUUUAAUGAUGUCGGAAUAAUUUUUUAUGACUUAGUCAUUAAGUACUACUUUAUGUUUAUACUGAGAAGUGCUUCACAAUUCGCGGGGAAUAGAGGUAGAGCGAAUUGGUUAGUCUGGAUGGAGGAAGUCCCCAUUUGAACACUGGUCUUGCAUUUUAAACCUUUCUCUGGAUUUUAGAGCUGGUUUGCAAAUAAGGAUUUAAUGUUCUGUCUGUACCAGACGUCUCAUUAUUAUCUCAUUUCCAAAUAUUUCCCUUCAGUCAAACUAUUUUAGUAAUACAGGAAAACACAAGCUUAUUUUCAGUGUCUUGUAUACUGAGUAUUAUCAGUAUUUUUAUUAAAAUUAUGUUGACCGCAGGAAUUUCUAAUUGUAACUUUCAAGGAUUUAUUAUUUUUUUAUGAGUUGAAUUGGGAUAUUGAUGUAAAGGACUGGCCUCCUCUGCUAGUAUUCUGAAAGUUAUCCUGGCCCAGCUGAAUUUUUACUAGACUGUAGUCCACUAUAAUGUCAUUUUGUUUACACUACCCCCAUUUAUUGUCAAUUUGAAUUGCUGUCCUGGAAGUCACAUUAAAAUCUCUUUGUUUAAUACUGAAUAAACAAUGUGAACUCCA